UCUCUCGGUGCAAGGCACACAAAAGCUCCAUCGACAGCGUCUGUCUAUCAGGUGACCACUGAAUAUUCAAACUGGCCACUUGGCACACAAAACUCUGCAUGGCCAUCUUCCAGACAUUAGUGGUCAUCUUGACCACUGUGCUGCUCUUUUCGAGGGCUGGUUCAGUGGAGGAUUUCGAUUCUUGGCAAACACAUAAUGUCACAGAUCCGUACUCGCAAAUCACCUUUUACUUAUUCACGAGGUCCAAUCCUUCGGUGGCUAAUCAAAUUUUCGUCGGCGACUUGAACGGAGCAAACUUGGACCCUUCCAAGUCGACAAAAUUCUUGGUGCACGGUUUUGCGGCUCAGGCGUUCAACUCGUGGCCAAUGCAAUUUAAAGACGCAAUGUUAGCUUUGGAAGACGCAAACGUGGUUAGCGUCGACUGGUCAGGACUGGCAGCGGCACCGGACUACGUGGCUGCCAGGGCCAACGCGAGGCCCACCGGCGAGUACCUGGCCGAAAUGUACUUGUUCUUGGAGCAACUGGGCCUCGACCUGAGCCUGGUGCACUGCGUUGGAAAGAGCUUGGGCGCCCACGUGUGUGGAUUCAGCGGCAAAGCUGUUCUUAACGAGACCCAAGUUCUAAUCAGCCGAAUUUCCGGCCUGGACCCGGCCCUUCCGCUCUUCAGCAUCGACCGGCCUGAGAACCGGCUAUCCAAGGAUGACGCCGAGCUGGUCGACAUCGUCCACACCUGCGGAGGCGCUCUUGGUUUCGAGAAACCCCUCGGCCACAUCGAUUUCUUCCCCAACGGCGGCGUGCCCGUGCAACCAGGAUGCAGCCCCGACAUAACCGGAAACUGCAGCCACGGCCGAGCCGACGAGUUCUACAUCGAGUCCAUCCCUCUGAAUAAUUUCCGCGCCGUCGAGUGCGAGAGCUGGGAGCAGUACCUGACGGGCGCCUGUGCCAAUAAUACGUUCACUUUUAUGGGCUACUUGUUUGAUUUCAGUCUGACGGGCAACUUCUUCCUGGAGACUGCCAGCCAGUCGCCGUAUGCUCUUGGAUGAGACGAAUAUCGGGCGGAUUGAUUUGUAAAAUAAAAUAAAUUUUGCUAAUUACAAUAUAA